AUGGAAAUCAGCAUAGAGCGUCGAAUUUACAAAAAAAAAAAAAACUUGGGCUACGAAGAAAGUAUCGAUGCCGCGAUCAGCUACAACGCUGAGCUAAGAAGAGAAAUGUUAUCAGUGGUAGACAGACUGGUUGAAGAAAUGACCUCUAGAUUUGAAAGACUUCACGAUAUUGCAAAGAAAUACACCUUUCUUACACCGUCCAAUUUGUUAGAUAAAGAGUGUAAUUGUGAUGUAGAUGCUUUUGAUGAGAAUACUAGGAGAGAAAACUUUCUGGUUGAAAGGGCAAGACUGCAAAAUUAUUUGGCGGCUGCUGACGCUGAAGACAUGGACGGGCCUUUGCAAGUUCUUCAGUUUAUUCAGAAAUAUAAUCUUAUUGAAUCAUUGCCAAAUAUUGUAAUAUUUUUAAGAGUCUUUCUAACUCGUGUCAUUAGAAUUACUAAACUAAAGCUCAUCAAGAACCACUUCAGGUCAACAAUAAGUCAAAUAAGGUUGACUGAUUUGGCAAUACUAUCCAUAGAUCGCGACCUUGCGGAUAAAAUUAAUUUUGAUGAAGUCAGUCAAGAUUUCACGAAGAGGAAGACACAUAACAUCAAUUUGUAA